GAACCUCGCCCCCUACUGACACAAUUGGAUCCUAUUAUCUCAUUAGUCAGUAGUCACUACCUACACUCACACUCAGCCAUUGACAGACCUUAUACUGGACCUUCUAGAACGUUCUACAAAUAGAGCAGAACUCGUCUUCUAGAACCUCCAAGGUCAAUGGCUGAGACUCAGAGAUCCACCGGUACAGUAAAAUGGUUCAGUGCCCAGAAAGGCUUCGGAUUUAUAGCUCCAGAUGAAGGGGGCGAAGACCUCUUCGUCCACCAAACCUCAAUCCGAUCCGAGGGUUUCAGGACUCUCUCCGAAGGCCAACCCGUUGAAUUCGCCGUUGACUUUGGAGAGGAUGGCCGUUCGAAAGCCAUUGACGUGGAGCCCGUCCCCAGAUCCCACCGUCCAGGAAAUCGCGGCGGGAGAGGCGGAGGAUUUUUCGUUGGAAGGGGCAGAGGAGGUGGCUAUGGUAGAGGUGGGAGAGGAGGUCGCUUCGGUGGCGGCGGCGCAUGUUAUAAUUGUGGAAGAACGGGGCAUUUAGCCAGGGAUUGCUAUAGCGGCGGUGGUGGAGGUGGUGGAGGUUGGGGAUAUGGCGGAGGCCGCGGCAGUGGAAGAGGAGGAGGCGGAGGCGGAGGAGCAGGGUGUUAUAAUUGUGGGGAGGAAGGGCAUUUUGCGAGGGAUUGUCCGAAUUAUGAACAAAAGUGAUAGAUGAUGAAGGAGAAGUUGUUAAUUUCCGUGGCCAAUUGUUUCGGUUUUUGCUUUGGUUAAGUAUGUCACAAUGGGGAUUUGGUAAUGUGGGUGAUUUUUUUUUUUACUUUGCUGGUUUUAAAUCAUCAUUGUUUUCUUAUAAAUCGAUAAUCUUUCACAUGUUGUGCAAUAGGAAAUGGAAAAGCUUAGUAUUUAUUGUCC